CGGAGCCUGCCUGCCUGCAGGGAGCGGCCGGGCCGGGCCGGCUCUGCGCGCGCCCCAUGGGCACCUCCGGCAAAGUUAUAAAAUGCAAGGCUGCCAUUGCCUGGGAAGUGGGUAAACCACUCUCUAUCGAGGAGGUAGAGGUUGCACCUCCGAAAGCCCAUGAAGUCCGUGUUAAGAUAGUGGCUACAGGGAUCUGUCGGACAGAUGACCAUGUUCUGAAAGGUUCUUUUCCAAAUAUAGAUUACCCAGUUAUUCCUGGCCACGAAGGAGCUGGGAUUGUGGAGAGUAUUGGAGAAGGAGUGACAUGUGUGAAACCAGGAGAAAAAGUCAUCCCUCUGUGUCUUCCCCAAUGUGGGGAAUGCAGCUCCUGUUUGAAUCCUGACUCCAACUGUUGCCUGAAGACACACCUCCAUGAAUCCCAGAACCUCAUGCCGGACAAGACCAGCAGAUUCACCUGCAAAGGGAAAGCAAUUCACCAUUUCCUGUGGAUCAGCACCUUCUCAGAAUACACAGUUAUGCCUGAUUCUGCCAUUGCAAGAAUUGAUGAUGAUGCUCCUCUGGAUAAAGUCUGUCUGUUUGGCUGUGGAUUUUCCACCGGUUAUGGUGCUGCCAUCAAUAAUGCCAAGGUUAAACCUGGUUCAACUUGUGCCAUCUUCGGUUUGGGAGGAGUUGGCCUCUCUGUUGUUAUUGGCUGUAAAUCAGCCGGUGCUUCCCGGAUCAUUGGGAUCGACAUCAACAAAGAUAAAUUUACCAAGGCUAGAGAGUUAGGAGCCACUGAGUGCAUCAACCCUCAGGACUUCAAGAAACCUGUUCAGGAGGUGCUGGUUGAGAUGACUGGCCAUGGUGUGGACUAUUCCUUUGAAGUCAUUGGCCACACAGAUACUAUGGUAGCUGCCCUGGCAUCCUGCCACAUGAACUCUGGCACCUGUGUGAUGGUUGGAACACCUCCUUCAGGAUCACAGCUGUCCUUUGACCCUAUGCUGCUGUUUACUGGACGUACCUGGAAAGGGAGUAUUAUUGGAGGUUGGAAGACUAAGGAUUCUAUCCCCAAACUAGUGUCUGGUUAUAUGGAGAAGAAAUUUAAUCCAGAUGUGCUAAUAACACACACUUUACCAUUUGAUAAAAUCAAUGAAGGAUUUGAAUUGUUACAGUCAGGAAAGAGUAUCCGCACUGUCCUGCUGUUUUAGGAUCGGCCUGGGGGUUAUCAACAGCAUGACACAUCUC